AAUUCUGAGAGAGGAUUUCCUCAUAGUGAAGACCUGAUCAUAAUGCCUAACAACCCCUUAGGAGAAUGUUUUUGGUGGUCAUAGAUUUAUCCUCACGAGGCUGCACUCAUAUCAUAUAUAUGUGCACAUGCACUUAACAUUUUACACACAUUCCCAUGCUAGCCAAGUUUUAUUUGGAGUAACUUCCCUUAUCCAAUCAUUUUGUCUAGAAUAUCAAGACAUUCUGUACAUUGGCCCUGUAAGGGAAAUAUAUAUCUGGAUGUGCAGGACUACCCGAAUUGCUCACACACCCGGUUUUCAUUUACGUUCAUAUCCUCACCUGAAUUUCUCACUGUCAUUUGAGAAGAACUCACACAGACAUUUUUCUGAGUACAUGUAAGAAAAUUAUUACUGUUUUAUUCCUACAAGAUGUCUUUUAUCAUAUUUUAGCUAUUGAUAUAGUCAUUUCCGAUUCAGCUUAUGAGCAUUGAAGUCCUCUUGAGUCCGAUUUUUCCACAUUGGACUUUGUGUCAUGGUCAUGAUGGUUCCGUGGAUAGAACAGUUUGCCAUUCCUCCAUCUCGCGUGUCAAUCUAGUCAGUCAUUAGCAUUUUGUCUAGGCUAAUUUAGAGCCUAUAUUUGGAUGAUCAGUACAAUGAAACCUUACAUGUUAAUUUUGUUUUCUUUACAAAGUGUCAUUUCCGUCAUUUGUGACUUGUGCAUUCUAUUGUUGGAUGAUGAUUAUGCGAAUCUUUUUGCUUAUGUCUCAACAUAUAUUCACUGUGUGUACCUUAUGAUUAUUUUGCUCAGAGUUUUUAUGCAGAUCAGCUCAGAUCAACCAGAAAACUGAACCAUUUGAAGCCAAGGCAACUAACCAGACUAGUGAUGGAUAAGUUUCAUGUGAAUGAUAAAGUAUUAGUAAAUUGUGAUGGGAUAUGGUGGCCUGGCUGGGUAUCUGAAUCAGAGAAAGAGAAAUCUAUUACUCAUACUGUGUCAUUUUUUGAUGAGGAAGAAAUAAAAACUGAAGAAAACUAACAGACUAAGACAUCUGUUAGUAAAAUUCACCAGUGAUGUUAGUUUAAUCGAAAUAAAGGAUUUCAACAGCCAAGACUAUCUAGAUGAAUUGGUUCAGAAAAUUGAAUGCAAGCCUUACAAUAAAUUAUUUGCAACAGAUGAUGAUGAUGAUUCACUACCACCCCCACAAGCUGAAGAGAGAGAGAUCAAGCCCAUUCCUCCAUCUUCACAAACCAGGAUGAUUGAUGAUGAUGAUCCACUACCAUCAUCACAAACUAAAGUGACAGAGAUCAAGCCCAUUUCCCCAUCAUCACAAACUAGUGUGAUUGAUGAUGAUCCACUACCACCCUCACAAGAGCCCAUUCAUCCAUCGUCACAAACCAGGAUGACUUAUGAUGAUGAUCCACUACCAUCCUCACAAGUUAAACCAACAGAGGUCAAACCAAUUCCUCCAUCUUCCCAAACCAGAAUGAUUGCUGAUGAUGAUGAAGAGGAUGAUCUACUACCACCCUCUCAAUCUAAUCGGAGAGAGAUAAAGACCAUUCGUCCAUCUUGACAAACCAGGUUGAUGGAUGAUGAGGAAUCACUACCACCUUCACAAGCUAAACCGACAGAGGUCAAACCCAUUCCUCCAUCUUCACAAACCUGGAUGAUUGAUGAUGAUGAUCCACUACCACCUUCACAAGCUAAACCGACAGAGGUCAAACCCAUUCCUCCAUCUUCACAAACCUGGAUGAUUGAUGAUGAUGAUCCACUACCACCUUCACAAGCUAAACCGACAGAGGUCAAACCCAUUCCUCCAUCUUCACAAACCUGGAUGAUUGAUGAUGAUGAUCCACUACCACCUUCACAAGCUAAACCGACAGAGGUCAAACCCAUUCCUCCAUCUUCACAAACCUGGAUGAUUGAUGAUGAUGAUCCACUACCACCAUCACAAGCUAAACCGACAGAGGUCAAACCAAUUCCUCCAUCUUCACAAACUAGUGUGGUUGAUCAUGAUGAAGAAGAUGAUCCACCACCACCCACACAAGCUAAACGGAGAGAGGUCAAGGCCAUUCCCUCAUCUUCACAAACCUGGUGGAUUGAUAAUGAUGAAGAAGAUGAUCCACUACCACUCACACAAGCUAGAGGGAGAGAGGUCAAACCAAUUCCUCCAUCUUCACAAACUAGUGUGAUUGAUCAUGAUGAAGAAGAUGAUCCACUACCACCCACACAAGCUAAACGAAGAGAGAUCAAGGCCAUUCCCUCAUCUUCACAAACCUGGAUGAUUGAUGAUGAUCCACUACCACCAUCACAAGCUAAACGGAGAGUGAUCAAGCGCAUUCCUCCAUCUUCACAUACCUGGAUGAUUGAUGAUGAUGAUCCACUACCACCAUCACAAGCUAAACCGACAGAGGUCAAACCAAUUCCUCCAUCUUCACAAACUAGCAUGAUUGAUCAUGAUGAAGAAGAUAAUCCACUACAACCCACACAAGCUAAACGGAGAGGGAUCAAGGCCAUUCCCUCAUCUUCACAAACCUGGAUGAUUGAUCAUGGUGAAGAGGAUGAUCCACUUCCACCCACACAAGCUAAACCGAGAGCGAUCAAGGCCAUUUCCUAAUCUUCACAAACCAGGUUGAUUGAUGAUGAGGAAUCACCCUCACAAGCUAAACGGAGAGGGAUCAAGGCCAUUCCUCCAUCUUCACAAACCUGGAUGAUUGAUGAUUAUGAUCCACUACCACCCACACAAGCUAAACGGAGAGAGAUCAAGGCAAUUCCCUCAUCUUCACAAACUAGUGUGAUUAAUCAUGAUGAAGAAGAUGAUCCACUACCACCCACACAAGCUAAACGGAGAGCGAUCAAGCCCAUUCCUCCAUCUUCACAAACUAGUGUGAUUGAUCAUGAUGAAGAAGAUGAUCCACUACCACCCACACAAGCUAAACGGAGAGGGAUCAAGGCCAUUCCCUCAUCUUCACAA